UGAACAGAUCCAUCUCUAAAGAAAAACUUUCCCGCACUCUUGCCUUUUCGGCAUCGGUGUCACGGAAUCUCGCCACUGGCCGACAGUCUGCCCCUUUCAUCUCCGGCCUCCGGGACUCUUGGUGUAACCGCCUCUCGCUCUUUCCGAAAAGAAAUUUUACUUUGACACCUGAAAAUGGCUUCAAGACGAAACCUAGCCACUAUAGAGAACCUCCCAAACGAAGUUUUAUCAGACAUAUUCAUCCAGUUAAUUGCCAAACAGCUUGCUCAAAUGAGGUGCGUUUGUAAACCUUGGAAUGCUCUCUUAUCUGAUCCCUCCUUUGUAAAAUCCCACCUCCUUCGUUCUAUCCAUCACAACGAUGAGAUUCUGUUGUUCUUCCGUGAGGGACUUUCUUUUGACUUUAGUUCAUUCACAGCACGACCCUCUCAUUCACCCGAUCUCGAACUCACCAAUUUCAUUAAACCUCCAUUUAAUCCUCAAUCUAAAGAUGGUAGGGGUGGUAUCAUUGGAUCUGUGAAUGGCUUAAUAUGCUACUAUUACAAAUCAUAUGAUGAUGAUGAUGAUGAUUAUGUCGUUCACGUAUGCAAUCCUUCUCUCUCCGCCAUGUUAACUCUCCCACCAUGUCUUGUGCCCUUUAAUAAAUCAAGCGAAGUCCAUUUCCGGUUUGGGUUUGAUCCCAAAGCUGAUGAUUACAAACUUGUGAAGCUUACAAGCUAUCCUCGAGAAUCCAAAAUGGUACCUCAAGCUGAGGUUUAUAGUAUGAGAAAAGGUACAUGGGAGUUAAUAUCUCAAAGAUUUCCUUCACACGUUACAAUAAUUUCCACUCGAGAUGAAGUUUGCACAGAUGGCCAUGAUGGCCAUUGUCAUUGGCUUGGUUAUACUGAUGUCGGGUGGAAGAAAGAAACGAUAGUGGCAUUUGAUUUGAAUUUAGAGACAUUCCGAAUGAUACCUCUUCCAGAUUCUGUAGUAGAUUACUAUAGUUUCUGCAUGAAUGUUAUGAAUGCUGUAGGAGUUUUAUCUGGAAAACUUUGUGUAAUGUCAAAGGCAGAUCUUGAUUGUGAGGUGUGGGUGAUGGAUGAGUAUGGGGUGGCUGAAUCAUGGGUUAAACAUCAUGAGUUUUCACAGUUUUUUUUUGAUAUAUAUCCAUAUGGAUUCACAUCACAUGGUGAGUACCUUUUCCAUGCUCCCAAUGAUCGUUUUGCUUUGUAUGAUCCAAUUGCAGAGAAGUGUAAAACCUUCAAGAUUAUGGGUGGACAACUUGGUAUAAUUAAAGUUGUGGGGUAUGUUGACAGUCUUGUUUGGGUUGCACCUGCCAAGCGUUAGAUAUGAUGAGCUGCUGCUUUAAUUUAUCUUUCGAUUUCAGUUUCGUAAUCUAUAAAUAUUCUGCAUGAUGCUAUGUUUCUUGAUUACUUUCCCAUCAAAUAUCAACUUUUAGUGCA